AUGGAGCUACAUAUGCAUACCCUGACUGGCUGGUCAAGCGACAACUUCCAUCUCCUUCUCGACGAGCAACUUGUUGCGCCGUCCACGAUCAAGCGUCUCGCCAUCGUGCGUCCCAUACUGCUCGUCAGCGGAAUUGAGAUCGGCAGCGUCUACGCAGAGGAGAUGCUCUUGCACGGCUAUACCAUUCAACGAUCCGAUGUUGGCCUGCUCAUCAACAACACUCUUUCGAAAGGGUCGCAAAUCAGGGGAGGAGGUGGAAAGGGCUGUCACAGUGACAUACCGAUGCAGCCUGGACGUGUUAGGCAUGGCGCCAUCUCCCGCCGAGCCAGCUGUAUCUCGCAUAUCAUGGGCUGUCACGUUGACUUUUCAUACAAGACCGCUGACGGUGCCUCAAGACACAGCGACAGGUAA